GCCAUCGUAACGUCUCUAAUUGAUCUGUUCUCUUUCUUCACUGUAUUAACAUCAUCUACAUUUCUUUGACAGCCUAUCUUAUCGUUGCAUGUUUGUACAAGUCUAGCCAUUUCUAUACUGCGCAAACUUGCCCCUUUACCAUCAUGCCGAGGGUCGAUCUGAACUCUCUUCCUAACGAACUAUGGCUUGCUGUCUUUGAAUCAUUGACCAAUCCUGGUGACCUCUGUCGCGUUGUGCGUACUUGCCAAAGGUUUCAUGACCUCGCCAUCCGCGUCCUUUACAGGCACAUCGUUUGGGACGACCCUCGUUGGUUUGCCACCAACUUUCCUUAUUUGCUUCAACAUCCAGAGAUAAACAGUGUUCCCCGUUCACUCACUCUGGGGAUAUCCCAGAUUCAGUACAAUGGGUCCCACGUUGAGCAAAUGGAGAAUAUCAGAGCUAUUGUCGAUGUUCACGGUGAUCUCCGCCAACCAGGACCCGCAAUGAAUCACGGUGUCAACUUCGAAGAGGACUACCUGAGUAUGGUGAGAUCUCGCCGCGAACCCAUUUUCGUUGCCUCUGUUGCACUGUACUCCAUCGUACGCGAUUGCAUCAAUGCAUUUUCCAUGCUGGUGGAGCUCAACUUUAAGAACGUCUUACUUCCUAACGAUUUGUAUCAAAUGAUACACCAAUUCUCGCGCCUGCGUAGGCUUCAGAUUGACCAUUGUACACUCCCAUUGAGUCCGACCCUUAUACCUUCGCACCGCAAUUUGCCUAUCACCGAACUCACUCUUCUGGGUCUGCGCGGCAACAGAGAAGCGAAGGUUCUUUCUUUGGCUACAGCGCAAAAUCUUCGUGUCCUUCGCUUUGACUGGACCGCAGCCGUCUUCAGGAUAUUCACGGACAACUCUGUUAAGGACCCUGUGCCUCCUCACCUUGAGAUAAUCGACGCCAAGUUUCCCCCUCACAAACGUUGGCCUUCUAAUCCAGCGGAUGCGGAGGAGAGCUUCAUCCAGCCCUUCAAGUCAUUUUUGGCUAUGUGCCCUUUUGUCACUCGUUUGCACAUUAGAAACCACUUCCCCGCCUUCUCAAUGACACCCGAUAUCCUUCCUCGACUCACGUACUACCAAGGACCGCUUUCCACAGUGGCUACAGUCUCUGUGGGUCGUCCAGUUGUAGCUCUUGAUAUCCGCGAUCCCUCUGGCUCACUUCGCAACUUGACCAAUGGUUUACAAGCCGUAUCAGCGAAUCAGCCCGAAUUAGAAGAACUGUGCAUUUUCUUAUAUCAAUGGGACGAUGAAAUUCUAUAUGCGAUUACCCAUCAUUUUACCAACCUGCGAAAAAUUCAAAUCAGAUAUUUCAGAGGUACUCCUUCAGAGGAUAUCAUACUCGGAAUGGGCUCAAGGUUCUUUUUUUCCUUACCCCAAUUGCAUACUGCACAUAUCUUCAAAACUCUUUGUGACGCCGACGAGCGUCAGAAUAUGCCGACGCACCAUUUUCACCAUCAUCAUAUCGUUCUUAUUGAGCCGGUCCCUGAAACGGAUGAAGAUAAUGAAGGUGACUAUGAAAUGUCUAAUAGUCAUAAUUCCACAGAUGGAGAAGAGGAAAACGAACUGAAGUCCUUGAUAUUGGCUUGGAAUCGUUAUUGCCCUUCCAUUCGGGAGAUUCAAUUAUUGCCUGGAUUCGUAUGGAGGCGAUCAAACGAGAAAGAUGAGUGGUGCAAGCGAAGGUACAAAAUGGCGGAAAAUCAAAGAGAUUACAACGUCUGAGGUUCCAUAUCUUCCGUGUCCGCACAAAAAUCGGUGUUCGCUACUAUUUUCUUGAAGAAAACCCAAAAGAUGUACUUAUACAGGAAAUGUAAGUUAACGUACGUUGUACAGUAGUAUUUAUAUUUCUCGACAUUGGUC